ACACACUCACAGGGGUUUGCUUGAACUUUUUCAUUAAUGGCUCAGAUUGCUCAACUCUUCCCCUUCCUCCUUCUUUCUAUCUUCCUUUCUCUUCCCCUCCUCCGUCACGUCGCUGCAGAUGGCUCCUUGAGCCGCCAUUGCUUGGAGAACCCACCAACUCUCAACUCCAGCUAUGGAGCUGGUUCGGUGAAACAAAUCGGUGGCCUCAAGGCCUAUGUCAGUGGCCAUUAUCAUUCAAAGCGAGCAAUUUUACUCGUUUCUGAUGUUUAUGGUUAUGAAGCACCACAUUUGAGGAAAAUCGCCGACAAGGUUGCUCGAUCUGGAUUCUAUGCUGUGGUUCCUGACUUCUUUUUUGGUGAUCCCUAUGUGGCAAAUACUUCUAGAACAAUUCCAGUCUGGUUAAAAAUUCAUGGAACCGACAAAGGAUUUGAAGAUGCUAAACCAGUAAUUGCUGCUCUGAAACAAAAGGGCAUACAUGCAAUUGGAGCAGCAGGGUUUUGUUGGGGUGGCAAUGUGGUGACAAAAAUAGCAAAGACUAAUUUGAUUAAAGCUGCAGUGUUGUUACACCCUUCAUGGGUCACUGUGGAUGAUAUUAAGGCUGUCAAGGUUCCAAUUGCCAUAUUGGCUGCUGAACUAGACAAUGGCACCCCAGCCAAACAACUCGAAGAGUUCAAGUCAGUCUUGUCUCAAGAUAAGGUUAAAAACUUUAUCAAGAUAUAUCCAAAUGUUAAGCAUGGAUGGACAGUCAGGUACAACGACACUGAUGCGACUGCUGUGAAGGCUGCCAAUGAAGCUCAUAAAGACUUGUUGCAUUGGUCAACCAAGUAUGUUAAGAAAAGAUAACGAUCCAGGCAAUUAGGAAGUAAUCGAAUCCUAUUUAUGCCUUCAAAAUUAUUAAAAUGGAGUGUAUUGUAUGAUCCUCAAAAUCUUCUUUUUGAGGCCAAGAAUAAAUCUUAACAAGCUCUGUGUCCUUUUUAAUAAACAAUUAAAAAAAAAAAAGGUGCCUAUCAUUUCCAAGUUGUGUGCCAGUGACAACAUUCAUGGUUUAAUUCGACAUGCUAUGGCCGAAUCAU